CUGAGGGAGGCUGUGAGCGCCUGUGAGAGGCUGUGAGAGGCUGUGAGAGGCUGAGGGAGGCUGUGAGAGGCUGUGGCGGUGCUGGGUCCCUGAGUUGGCUGCAGCCUGAGCUAAUCCGGGAUUUCUCCGGCUCUCCAUCUCCCGACAGGGGAACAAUUAGGAGCUCAUUCUCUUUGCCUUAUCUACAACCUGAUCAUCAUGUACAGCCGGUCCUGCUGCCUUCUCCUCCUGGUCCUUCUGGCAUCUGACUGCAUGGACUCAGUGAGGGGCUUGUUCCCCUUUGGGCAACCGGAGUUUUCUUACAAGAGGAGCAACUGCAAGCCCAUCCCUGCUACGUUGGUACUUUGCCAUGACAUUGAGUACCCCAACAUGAGGUUGCCCAAUCUCCUGGGCCAUGAGACCAUGAAGGAGGUGCUGCAGCAGGCGUCCUCUUGGAUCCCCUUGGUUCAGAAGCAGUGCCACCAGGACACCAAGAAGUUCCUGUGCUCCCUCUUUGCCCCGGUGUGCAUUGAUGACCUGGACGAGACUAUCAAGCCGUGCCGGUCUCUGUGCGAACAGGUGAAGGACAGCUGCGCCCCCGUCAUGUCUGCCUUUGGCUUCCCCUGGCCCGAUAUGCUGGAGUGCAGCCGCUUCCCCCAGGACAAUGACCUGUGCAUCCCGCCAGCCAGUACCGAGCAUGUUGUGCCGGUAACCCGAGAGGCACCAAAAGUUUGUGACGCCUGUAAAAACAGCAACGAGGAUGACAAUGAUAUAGUAGAAAAUCUCUGCAAAAAUGAUUUCGCACUGAAGAUAAAAGUGAAGGAGAUCGCCUACAUCAAUGGGGACACCAAAAUCAUCCCGGAGACAAAGGGCAAAACCAUUUACAAGCUGAAUGGAGUGACAGAAAGGGAUCUGAAGAAGACUGUACUGUGGCUUAAAGAUGGCCUGCAGUGUACCUGCGAUGAGAUGAAUGACAUCAACGCUCCCUAUUUAGUGAUGGGACAAAAGCUCGGCGGGGAACUGGUCAUCACCUCUGUCAAGCGGUGGCAGAAAGGCCAACGGGAGUUUAAACGGAUCACUCGCAGCAUCCGCAAACUUCAGUGCUAGUGGUCUUAUUUACUGGCUCAGCCAGCACUGGGGCUAGGCUAUUUGCACCUUCUUCCAUUUUGGGAACCUAUCCUUUCUGAAUGUAACAAAAAGGGUGGGGUAAUUGCUUUUUUUAUUAUAAUUAUUGAUAAAAAAAAUCCUUGUAAAUAUAAUUAAAAUAUAAAAAGAUCAAAUAUUUUAUAAAGCCCUUGGAUGAAAACGAGAUAGUUUUUUUUACUAGGUGCAAACUCUGAAUUUUUUAUUUCCAUUCACAAGUAAUUGACUUUUUUAUAAUCCAGUUAUACAUUUACAACCAUUUCUACAAAUAUGAGCUUACAAUAAAUCAGUGUGUUUUUUUU